UUUAAUCCCAGUGUGCAGUGUUAAUUUGUUUAUUUUAAAUACAGCUGUUAAAUGUUUAAGUAUGAGAACACAGUUGGCGAGAACAAAUACAUCCUAUUUUUUUUAUGAUAAUUUGCUUGCUUGUGGACGUUUCUCUUAGAGGGCAAGCUGACAAUAAAUCAGCUGUGUUGGUCCAUCUUGGCUCCACAUGAAACCCUUUGGUUUCCUAUGGGAAAAUGUUGUGUAAUAUUGGAGUCUUACGCUGAGGCAACACAAAGCCAUGUUGUGACUUGGAACUUGUAUUGUGGGAGAUUUUAUUUCAGGCCACUGCAUAGCACACCAGGGGACACUUGGGAUGUGAUACAGCAAAGCUGCCUUAAACCAGAUCUCUUGGAACCAGAUACAAUGUUUAUUAGUGUGGACUGAAGAAGAAACAUUGGCAAGCAGUUCUCAGACUAAUGUAUUAGACCAUUUCCCCUCAUAUAAAUAAUCCCCAAAUAUCUGCUUUGAAAAGCUGGGUUUUAACUGGAAAUAAUGGCUUUGUUGUAUUCAAAGUUAACAUUAUUUAUUUUUCACUUUAACGCGCAAGCGCAGCAUUCCUUCAGCACUGAUGUCUAAAGGAAGCAACGGAACCGGAAACCAUACUCAGAAGUUUUGUAUCCGGCAAUGUCAGAACGUAGUCCUGCGAAUGCAAUGAACGGUCCCAUAAUAUGAAAGAAAAUGUUUGCACUUUACUUUUACUGUGUAAAAAAACGAACAAGUGCGACGGUGACGUGCCUCAUUUGGCUGAGCAGUGCCCAGUCUACGGCGGUACACCACUAAGCAGUCACGCAGGGGCAUUGUGGGGAAGUCAUUCAACCAGAACUCUUAACAAUGGUUUUUACUAACAACAUUAGUAAAUCUACGUGAGUAAACCCAACCUGACCCGAGUAUUCCAUGGCAAUUUUCUUCUAGAAAACCCGUUUGUGUACGUCUCUGUUCUUGGAGUUUGGAUAGCCCCGUGAAAACCUCGAUUCAGACAGGAGCUUAGCAAAGCAUUCUGCUUUCCUGUUUUGUGUGUCCGUGACGUGUUUUGCUUGUGCUGGGAGUGGGUGAUCCAUGUCUGUGGUGAGGGAUUCGAACAGGAAGUGGAGUGAUGAUGAGCACCCGUAGGUAGAUAUAGAGGUCUUAAAGGAAAGCAUGGGCAGGCAAAGGCAUGGCAAGAGAGUGAUCUCCAACAGCAGUAAAGAUGGAAGCGAUUCUGUUUCUCAUGACAAGGAGGAUAAGAAAAAAGACAUUGCAAACUCUAUCCUUCACCGCAAAGAGAAGAAGAAAAAGGUGGACAUUGCGAAAGUCUUCAUCAACAUUUCCAUCGGCCUCUGCAUAUUUAGUUUAAUCUGGUUCUUCUAUGCUAUCUACAUGCGCUCCUACCUGGCCAGAAGGAUCAUUACCCCCCACCCCUCCCCAAAAGUCUUGGAUGCUAACAGCACCGGUCCGGCUGUGUCCCCUCAUCUCUUCUGGGGUUCCUAUAGACCGCAGGUGUAUUUUGGGAUGAAAACGCGGAGUCCCAAAUCGGUUGUGACAGGUUUGAUGUGGAUGCGUCAGUUUGGAGGGAUGGAUGUGAACCUGCGACACACCUGCGAACAAGGAGACCGGCUGCUAAGCUACGGCUGGCUGAUGCACGACGGGGUGAACUUCGGGAUCCAGGAGGUCAGGGACACUGAUUUCACUUUAACCACAGAGUUUGUGAAGAGACAAGGAGGGGAGCAGGGAGGAGACUGGACCUGGAGGAUCACAGCCAAACAGCAGAGCCCCGCACCCCAGGCCCCAGUGAUCUCGCUGAUGUUUUAUGUGGCUGCAGACAGUCAGGGGUCCCUGCAGGCACACAUCGAAGAGAGGAACCGCCUGGGGUCAGUGACAGGCUCCUCCGAGGAGCUGGGCCAGUUCAAAAUCACCUUCCGUAAACCUUCAGCUGGGGAGAGCUCAAUUGCAAAGUAUGCCAGCUAUAACCACCUUAAGACCGUCAGUCCAGGCUUGGAGAAAUUAACAGAUAUCGUCAAAAACAGUCUGAGUGGCAGGUUUGUCUACAACCCCCCCUUUGGGGAAAAGCGGUACUACAUUGCUGUGGACACCUACAAACCCCCACCGCCUCAGCAGCAGCAGCGAGGGGAGAGCAGGAAGGAGAGUGACUUUGUCGUUCACCAGGUGACUAUACAGACCCCCUUCCAAAUCGAGGUGCUGUUCGAGUCUGCCAGCUUCAGGGACCGGCCCAACCAGCUGGCUGCCGAGGUCUUGACGGACGAGCUGGAGAAACGGAAAUAUGCUUUCGACGCAAAGUUUGAAGAAACCUUCGGUCUCCACAGGAAAGGGUACACGCCGGCUCAGAUUAAGUUCAGCAAAGCCGCGCUGAGCAACAUGCUGGGUGGGAUGGGCUACUUUUACGGGCAGUCUGCUGUUCAGUCCAAAUACAAUGAAUAUCCACUGGCGUACCCCGAGGGCCCUUUGUUUACUGCCAUCCCAUCCCGUUCCUUUUUCCCCCGGGGCUUCCUCUGGGAUGAGGGCUUCCAUCUGCUCCUUAUCAACAAGUGGGAUCCUCAAAUCACCAGGGAGUCCCUCGCCCACUGGCUGGACAUGAUAAACGUGGAAGGCUGGAUCCCCAGGGAGCAGAUUCUGGAUGACGAGGCUCGCAGCAAAGUUCCCGUGGAGUUCAUUGUUCAGAGAAAUGAGAAUGCUAACCCGCCCACCCUCUUCCUAGCCUUGCAAAAGCUAGUCGUCGAUUUUGCGGCUAAAGGAGUUGUGGCAGAUAAGGACUCCAAAGCCUACUUAAAGAGACUCUUCCCCCGGCUCCAGACUUGGUUUGAGUGGUAUAACACCACCCAGGCGGGACCCGUCCCCAACUCCUACCGAUGGAGAGGCCGGGACAAGGACACCAACCUGUUCCUCAACCCUAAGACCCUAACGUCGGGCCUGGACGACUACCCCAGGGCCUCGCACCCUUCCCAGGACGAAAGGCACGUGGACCUUCACUGUUGGAUGGCCCUGGCUUCUGGAAUCAUGGCGGACGUGGCCAAGCUGCUGGGGGAGCCCCACCGCGAGUAUGAAAAGACACACCAGAUUCUUAGUGACAAUUCUGUGCUGGAGGAGCUCCACUGGUCUGAGCAGCUCAAGACAUUUGCCGACUACGGGAACCACACUCAGUCAGUGGCCCUCCAGCGGGAGAAGGUCUAUGUCCCUCCCGGUCAGCCUAGGCACCAGUUUCUGAACGCCAGGCUGGUGCGCUCUGUCCGCAAAGCCCCCAAACUGCAGUAUGUCAACUCGUUGGGCUAUGUCAGCCUCUUCCCAUUUCUGCUGCAGAUCUUGCGGCCAGAUUCCCCUAAACUGGAGCACAUCCUGAAGGACGUGCGGGACGACCAGAAGCUUUGGACCCAGUACGGACUGCGCUCCCUUUCAAAAUCCGACCCGCUGUUCAUGAAGUGGAACACGGAGCAUGAUGCCCCUUAUUGGCGCGGGCCGAUAUGGAUCAACAUUAAUUACUUGGCUGUCAGGGCACUGCAUUACUAUGCCAAUACUGAGGGGCCGUAUAAAGAAAAGUCAGCAUCGCUCUAUCAAGAGCUGAGGACUAAUAUCAUUGAGAACGUUUACAGACAAUACAUGGAGACCGGUUAUAUCUGGGAACAGUAUAAUGACAGUUCGGGGAGGGGGCAGGGAAGUCACCCUUUUACCGGCUGGUCUGCUUUGUGCGUGUUAAUGAUGGCAGAGCAGUACUGAAACUGACUUUGCUGGGAUGUUUUUAUAUAUAUAUAUAUAUAUAUAUAUAUAUAUAUAUAUAUAUAUAUAUAUAU